AUGACAUUGAUGAUCCAAAACAUGGCCAUGGAUGUUAUAAAUACCACAACACCACUCUCCAACACCACGACGUUGGAUGAUACAAUCCUGUUUGAAAAAAUGAACAGAGAAUGCAUUCUAUUCCCAACUUAUGCCAAGCGAGAUCCUCAAGAUCCCUCGCAAUGGAUUGUAAAGACAAAGGGCUGGGCAUUAUCGCACAAUAGCUCUAUUGCCAAACAAAAGAUGAUGAUGGGUAUUACAAAGAGUGUUGCCGGUAAAUCUUCUGCCGAUAGUAAAUCAUCACAAAUGUUUGAAGAACGUUUCAGGUAUUUCUUGGCCACCAACAAGAGAUUCAAGCCAUUUUUGAUACAAGCGAUUGGCAUCACAACAUUGGAAGAUUCACGGCUGGAAUUACAAAAGAGGCAAGAUGAAAGUCAAUUGCAGCAAGCCAUGAUGAAUCAUCAAACGCUGUUUCUAAACAUGCUCUCCUCUCGUUUCAAUCAAAUGAUGACCACCAUCAAAACAAAAUCAUUCCAGCAUGACACAAUUUGCUUUCCAAUUACACCGCCUACAGACGAUGAUGACCAUGAUGUGGAGAACGAACAAGACUUUGACGAUGAUGCAGAUGCAGAAGAUUGGCUCACAGUCAAUGAUUAUUUCGCAAACGUGGUAUCCAGACCCACCAAUCCCAUUUCAUCCGUAUUAGACGGCACCUACAACAAUAGUGACCUUGCUGGCAUCAUGAUCACCCCCAACAACCACACGACACAAUAUACCCAACAAAAGCAAGAAUCCCAAGUGAAAUUGACAACAAAAAGUUCUGGUUUUUUACAGGGUCAAUUUACUGUACCUCAUGAUAAAAUACUAAAUUGGGCUCAAGAUCAAAAUCAAUGCGACGCAAGAUUAAUUCGUAUCCAGUCAACCUGCACUGCCGACAAACCCAAUAGCAAAAAGUCCUUUUCUCCCAAUUAUGGCAUUGUUAGCUUGAUUGAACCCACUGGCAUCUCCAUCAUAUCCGAUAUCGAUGAUACUAUCAAGGACACGCAGAUCCUCUCAGGUGCAAGAACUGUACUAUCAAAGACAUUCUUUGAAUUACCACAAGGUGUAUCAGGCAUGGCGGACGCUUACAUGGCUUGGUAUACGCAAGGCGCUUCCUUCCAUUAUGUGUCCAAUAGUCCGUUUCAGUUGAUGCCCAUGUUGGAGCGAUUUCUACGAGACUCGCAAUUUCCACCUGGUUCCAUGCACUUGCGAGAUGAUGGCAAAUUACUGUCUCGUCUCGUCGAAACACCAGGCCAAGCAAAACGUAAUGCCAUAUUAAGAAUCCUUGCUGAUUUCCCACAACGCCGUUUUGUAUUGAUUGGGGAUUCGGGGGAAAUCGAUCUAGAAAUAUACACUCGUAUUGCAUCAGAGUUCCCUGAUCAGAUACUCAAAAUAUACAUUCGUGAUGUGACAACACCUGAUGCCAAAACCAUACACCAUCUCAAAAAGAAAAAAAAGCUGCAGGAACAACAACGCAGAAGCAGCAGUAGCAGCAGUAACAGCAACACGCUCUCGGCCUUGUUUCAUUCCACUCGUCGAUCCUUCUCCACACCCAUUUCGUCUCGCAACAGCUCAUUGACCAGCGAAGAAUCCGUGUCUGAUCAGCAAAACCAACAUCAGCAGAAAAAGAAAAAGUUUAGAUCGCCUCUCGGUAUGCGUCGAGCUGUAACCACCACAUUAGCAGAAUACGCUGUAGAGCCUCGUUUGACAGGUCACCAUAGAAACACUGUACGCAUUGAUACCAAACAACACAGCCAUGACGGUGAAGAUGACGACGAUGAAGAGGGGCUACUGGAUCCACAUUUGCUACAAAAAAAGAUAUCCACCGUAGAAGCCUGCGUUCAGUUAUACCAACGUGUUGAAAAAGCCCGUUUGCAGGUACCCGCUAUUGAUAUCAUUCUUUUCCAAGAUGCCGAGGUGUUACAAAAUGACAGUUCCAUCCGAGAUGCGCUUUGGGAUUUGUGGGAUGAUCAAAGCAAUCAUUCAUCUUUUUCUCUUGAUGAACAAGAUGAUGAAACCUCUGAUGAUAUAGAAUAUGAAUCGCAUCAGAAUCAUAUUUUAUCAUCUUCGCCAACUUCAUUUUAA